GUGUGUUAUUUUAUCUGUGUAAAUAAUUUAAUUUAAAUUUAUUGUGAUUCACUCUCUUCAGCUUCAGUAUGCUAAUAUUAUGCAACAAAAGUUAUGGGAAGCUUCAGUAAAUCGUUUCCCGAAAUUCUCCCUAUUGUGUACUUGUUUAUUUUGUGUCACACUGUAGUUCACCCUGUGCUGUCAUCUUGCGCACGGCCGGUUCAAUAUACCCAGUUUGCUCUACCUGGCUAAUAAUAUACUAAAACAUUAGAAAAUGAUUGUUUUGUGGUAGUAAAAUCAUCAUAUAAUUGGUAAUACAUUUCAUUUUCUUCUUCAAAUUGCUAUUAAUAUGAAUUUAAGGCGUUCAAAGCGCCAGAAAAUACUAGCUACCGGUCGACCAAAGGUACCUAAGAAAAAAAUUAAACGCAAAUCAUUAAAUCAUUGUUCCCGUGGUAAAGCUUACAAUAUGUUACCGGUACGUAAUCACCAGAUAACAACGUCGGAGGAUUCCUCUAGUAGUCAGGAAGUGCCAGACCCCAUCAUUGAGACUGACUGGCCCAUCGAAUGUUACCGGAAACCGCACGAUACAAACUCGUUGUGGGAGCUAAAGAUGUUGUUCAUGCAGUUGCACAAAAAACGCAUUCCCGAACACGAAUUAGUACCCUUGGCCCAAGUAUUUGCGAGUACUGUAGGGUACGGAUGUAAAUAUGCACCAGAGCUUAUGGAGCGAGUGAAGAAACUAGGAGAACCCGUUUGUCACAAGUUGGAAAAGAAAAGAUAUUACCGUACACUAGCAACGAAAGAAGCGUAUCAGGAAUACGAUGCUUGGGACCAGCAAGAGCAAGAGUCCGAAAGGCUUGUACAAUUGUCGCGGAUAAGGCCAAUUUUUCCAGCACGAUCGCUGGUGGAGAUAUUCCAAAAUAUCGUUGUGGUUAAUAAUUCUUUAAAAGAAACAACCGAAUGGUUCGAACGCUUGGGCAACGGUACCAUAUCGAUCGCUAUCAGCUCGAUAUCGCAUGGAGUGUUCGAUGUAAAAGCUUACGUUUCUAACUAUUUCAUCACCAGAGCGUCCGGCACAUAUCGCAUUGCGUACGCACAAUGUGUGGCAGAUUUGAUGGACAUUUUGAAAAACUACUGCUACCAAGUGAAUUACAUACAACGAUUUUCAUACCUUAAUUAUAAUGUAGAAAGGUUAUUGAAUGACAGUACGCAUCAAACUGUACAGUAUUUCCAGCAGUACAAUAUCGGUUACCGUUUGCUUCAAAAGCUAGGCUGGUCUGGAGGUGCACUUGGAUCUAAACAGACGGGUAUUUUGAAACCGAUUGAAGUGUGUGGUAAAUUUGACCGCCGUGGACUUGGGUCGCAAAAGCCCUUGAGGGGAAAUCGCAACAAAAUAAUGAUCGAACAUGAUCAUAGUAUUGAUGUACAAUUUUACCACAUGUUAAUGGAUGCCAUACUCGCCCGCAAACCGUACUAUGAUCUUAUCUUUUCGCCUGAAUUUACCGAAUGCGAACGUAUCCUUCUAACCAGAUUAGCAGUGCAGCGAAAGCUUCGAUGUGAAACUCGGCUAAGCGAAACUGGACAGACACAGUUUGUGAUCAAACGAUACCCACUAUCACCGCACGUCGUCCUUACACAGGUGCUGGUUGGCAAUCAUCCGCUCGUUUCGAAGUACUAUGAAGUUAAGGCACCGAAGGUGCUGAAUUCUGACCAAUGACACGAAAUAAGCUGAAUGAGUUUUUACGGUAAGUAGUAAGUAAAUUUGUUAAGCUAUACAGAUGUUUCUCUUUUGUUAGAAUAUGUGCUGUGUAACGCACUGAAAAGUUUUGUUUAUUUAUUUAAUUGCUUUAUUAAAUCCGUGAAUAUAUACUUUGAAUAUAUUCAGUAUGUACCCGGACAGGGUUUUAAAAGUACAAAGCAUCAUGCAAUCAUCAAAUGAUUGGUAAAUCUAUGGUAAUGUAAACUUUU